UUCGGGUUGGAUCAGAAUCGAGAAUUUGGAUUCACCUGAAGCAUCCACGGUUUUACGUUUUCGAGCCCGGAAGCCUCGACUCCGCGGAAGGCAAAACGAACGUUGACAGACCGAGCCAACUCCGUGAGUCACAACCUGAUUUCACGAAUCGAGUCACGACCAUCUGGAGAUGGAUGUCCGAUGCCAGUGAGACGAAGUAAAGGAGGUUCACUGGGUCGUAAAGCGAGGGCUUGUAUCUGUUGGUAAUGCUCAUUGAAUAUUGAUAUUGGAAAAUUAGGUAAAUGCUCAUUGAAUAUUAGAAAAUUAGGUAAUGCUCAUUGAAUAUUGAAAAAUUAGGUAUUUCCACUAGCAUUAGAAAUGACUAUUUUACCCUCACUAUUUAGUCUAUAAAAAGAGAGCAAUUUCAUUCAUUUUGAAUCAUCCCAAGCAAACAUUUUAUUUGAAAACACUCAUCUCUUUUAAGUGUUGUUUGAGUUGAGAGAAGAUCAAUACCACCGAGUUCACUCCAGUUUUUGGGUGUAUGAAUUCUUUGAGAGCCGUGUUAACAUCGGGGGAACGGUCCGCCUACUGCAGCAAUUACACACAUCAGGGCGAAUUCGUUUAUAAGGCAAUGGUUAAUACCAUGGCACGGUUUCUAAUAUGUUUCUUUUAAAUUAUAAUUUAUCUUUCCUUUCAGUGUUAACGGUGUUAUUUUGCAGUCUAUUUUCCAACAAUUUAGAAACGAAAUUCAUACUGCUACUAUGCUCGAACAUAGUUGAACUUCAAAGAAGAUAUGGGCUUUGAACAAGCAAAUUCCACGUAUGGCUGCAAAAAGUAAUAGGGUUUCAACUAUUAUUGUUGAAAAUAAAAGUUCAAACGUCUGGAAUAGGCGAUGAUCAUCCAGGCGAGCAGGGCGAGAGGAUCGUUCGGGAAAGAAUGUGUUACGAUUAUCAUCUUCAACAUUCCAGAGUUUCUUCAUCAUAAAGGCCUUUGGCGUUUUUUUGUCAAAUAUGGUGAGGUUAUCGAUUCUUUCAUCCCUAUUAAAAGAAGCAAGGGAGGAAGCAGGUUUGGUUUUGUUCGGUUCACCAGUUUAGCGGAUGCGAGGAAGGCUAUCUCUUGUGCUGAUAGAUCGUGGAUUCAAGGCAACAAAGUAAGAGUUUUUAUGGCGAGAUUUCAACCUCGUGAAGCUUUCUGGAGAAAGAAAUGUUCUGUUCCAAAACUAGCUGUGAACAAGAGUAGAGUGGAGGAUGCUAAUCUUCUUAAGACUCCCAUUAUCGGUGUUAUUGAUGAGGAUAAGCUUUUUACUCUUAAAGAUAGUUUGGUUAGUUGGUGCAGGAAAUUCUUCAAAUUGAAGGAGCUGGCUACUAUCAUGCAAAAAGAAGGCAUUUUGCGUCCGAGACUUAUGAGAUUAAGCGGAUUAGCAAUUUUAAUUAUAUUUGAAGAUGAAGAGAGUAUGAAUUUUACACUUAACAAUCAGUCUGAGGCGUUGCAAACCUGUUUCGGCAAAGUGGAAGUGUGGUCGGAAAAUGUUCGGUGCAACAGUCGACGGGCAUGGUUAUCGUGUAAAGGGAUCCCACCGUUUGUGUGGAGUCCUUCUACAUUCAGAAACUUAGUAGGAAAAUGGGGAGAGCUCAUUUCCAUAGAGGAUGAAACUUUAAAUCCUGGUUCCUUUGAUAGGGCUUUGUUUCAGGUUAUUACGAACCAACAAGCUCGAGUGGAAGAGAUUGUUGAAUUGAGAGUCGGGGAUAGAACUUUUUCAGUAUUCGUCUCAGAGUUUGAACCUUGUUUCAACCCAGAAUCUGUUUGGGAAGAUUCGUUGUUGUUGGAUGAAGCUGUUGCUUACCCGGUUUCUCCUGUGGGUGAGCGUGAUAUGGUCUCGCCAGUCAUGGCUUCUGAGCGGGAAACUUGUGCCGGUUUAUCUUUCCAUGCUAAUCUUGAUCAUUCAGCGAAUCGAGAGUUCAUCCAUGGUUUGAGCGAGGGUGAUGUAUCGUGGCGUUUCGAAGAGGAUCGACUUUUGGAUUCAGAUUCCCAGGCAGCUCGUUGCAGCUCGUUAUGGGGCAGCUGCGUAUGUUGCGUCGUGCCAGAGGAGUUGUCUUUCUUAUGCGGUGGAGGAAGACUUUUGUGCGCAUGUGGACCCAAGAAUGGUAGUAAGUGCUGGUGUAGACGGUGUUAAUUUUGAAUUGGAUUUGUCGCUUAGCAUGAAAAAGUUGGCACAUGCCAAUUCAAAUUAUAAUGCGCAUGAGGUGGGAGCAUUAGUUAAUUUGCAAAAGGAUUCAGAUCUUUUUAAUGCGCAUGAGGUGGGAGAUUAUAUUAAUUCGCACAAUUUGAUUGCUGGUCUCGAGGAUAAUGGUUGCGUCAGUCCUAUUACACCGUUGGAUAGGUCGUCAUACAAGGGUAAUUGUGCUAGCCCGACUGUCGAGUUAUUUUCAUUCCAAAGAGAGGAUGAGGGGAAUUUUUCUAACUCUCAUGUUGAUCGUGAUUAUGAGGACACGGUGGUAUUGCCUUUUCAGUCCUUCACCAAAAAUUUGAAGUUGAAGAAAUUUGGAUCUAUGCUUGAUAUUCAGGGUAAAGUCCUAUCUAAAGCUGAAAGAAAAAGGAGAGAUCGAGCGCUGAAGAAAUUAAAUUUGGAUAAAUCAGAUCUUUUAUUAUCUGAAUUAUCAGGUAUUUCUAUUUCAGAUUCAGUUUUAAAGCAAAGGUGGGCUGAAGCCUUUGUUGAAGCGCAGGAGGCAGUGUCAGUUGGUAGGCAACUUGGACUUUUCGUUGGUAGUCCUUGAUAUGUGGUUCUUUAGAAGCUUUGUCGUUAGCUAUGCGUUCUCGCAGAUGUUUUUACAGUAUAGUCGGGGUUGCUUUGUGAGUUUAGGACUAUUUAUGAUGUCGCAGAUGAGAAGAUGAUGGGAGUUCUAUUUGGAUGGUCCUUGGUGCAGUUAUAGUCUUGAUCCGAGAUGUUAUGGUGCCGUUCUUGAGGAUCUAUUGUUUGAUGUCAGACAGUCAUGUUUGUGGGGUGGACUAGUGUAACUGGAAGUUUAUUUUGUGGUUAGUGCUUUCAUUCCGGGUUGAUGUAGUCUCAUGUUUCUUAGAUAGUGUGCGUUUUCUCAGGAGCUAGUUUAUGGCUUUCUGUUCUUUUCACCUUAUGGUUCACUCUUUUUCCUCCAAAUAGGUUUAGGGAGGUUUUUUAAUGAGGUCCAUGAGGUGGUGUACCUUGUAUCCUUACCAAUACAAAGUACUCAUUUUUCAAAAAAAAAUUAAUAUAUUAUAAUCAUUAUGCGGUUA